AUGCAAAAGAACAUUCACAGCAGGAGGACACAGGAGAGUGGUUUCUUCACAAGGUGGGCGUCCGCUGCUGACAACUGCACUUACAAGAUGAUAAUAGAUCAUCUUAACUUGAACAAAAAUGACUUGGACAUGUCCCUGCGGCCCGUGCAUUCCUUUAGUACCCCUACCAAAGUCUUAGCAGACCUGUACGUGUCCUCCAUCACAGAAGUGAAUGAGAAAGCCCAGAGCUUUUCAACACAAGUCACACUUGUAAUUGGAUGUAUAAAUGAGUUUACAAGGUGGAACUCCAAAGACUUUUGUGGAAUCAGUUCAUUUUCACUUCCUAAAGAUAUGUUUUGGACUCCAGACAUUGGGAUCAUUGAAAGCAUCAAAACAGAAUUUGCAAUAAUGGAGUCUCCAUAUGUGCAGAUGAUGAGUUUAGGCAUAAUAAUUUCAUCUCACACUUUAGCUGUGACCACUGCCUGUAAAAUGAACCUGCACAGGUUUCCCUUCGACAUCCAAAGCUGCACUCUCACGCUACAGUCGUCCAUUCAUUUCAUUCAUGAGCUGAUAAUUGAACCAUAUUCCAAUGCAUCAUCACUUACCUUCAACUCUCAGAAUGCCUUUCAAACCCAGGGAGAGUGGGAGCUCAUCGGUAUAAAUAUGACUAAAUACAAUAACUCUGUUCUGUGGGAUACACGGGCUCAGCUGAUAUAUCAGGUCACCAUAAAGAGGAGACCUCUACUGUAUGUCAUCAACUUUAUGUUGCCAGUCUUUUGCUUCCUUGUGUUGGAUGUGGCCUCCUUCUUCAUAAAUGUGGAGGGAGGAGAGAAGUUGAGCUUUAAAGUGACUUUACUCCUGGCCAUUUCUGUGUUGCUGCUCAUUCUCAAUGACAUGCUGCCCUCUACUGCUGAAGAUAUCCCACUGAUUGGGAUUUAUUGCAUUGUGGUUUUCACUUUCAUUGGCAUAAGCAUUCUGGAGACCAUCUUUGUGAAUUAUCUUAUGGAUAGAGAAGCUGAGACUAAAUCAGCAUUGCCAGAGAAAAACACAACUGCUAUCAGUAGACAAGAUGACAGCACAAGAAACCCUGGGAUCCCUUUGGAUGCACGUGUAGAUCGGAUUGAAGAGCAGUCAUCUUUUCUUGACCUUCUGAAGCAGAUCCUCACUGAGCAUCGGGCAGCAUGUCAGGAACUCUCUCGCCAAAAUCAACAAGAGAAAACAUCUCUGCGCUGGACCAGAGUGGCAAGAAUCAUAGAUGUGACCUUCCUGGUUCUUUACUUGAUCUGUCAGCUGUGUUCACUGGAAGGCAGUUACGUCACUCUUCAUGAGCACGUGGGGCUGUGUCGACAGAAAGACGGCUAA